AUGUCCCAGGAGGCUGACACACCGGAUCUCAAGGCGAGUCAGUCAAAUCCAGAGAAAGUCAACCCUUAUUCAAGUAUCCAAUCACUACUGAGCUUUGAAGAGCCUCAAGAUCUCCAAAAUCAAGUAUCCUCAAUUCAAGCGGCGACGUUAGCACUUAUCUGGAAAGCAAACGAACGUCGAAAAUACCUCGAUCAUGUUCAACGUCAGCGUCAAAACAUAGCCGAUGCCGUCAAGGAGUUAGACAUACGGUUGCACAUAUGGCUUUUAGACCUGAAAAUUGAGGUGGCUGAACUGGACAAUGUGGGAGAUAGAGGAGCAGAUUUAUAUCGAAUUGCCAGGGAUUCAUGUGAAAGAAUAAGAAAGGCAUUGCUCCAAGUAAUAAAUAGGCUGGUGGACGUUGAAGGAUCCCAAGUGAGCGACGUUAAAGAGUCCCAGGUGGACGUUGAAAGGUCCCCAGAAGUAGGGGAUAAACACCUAAGUGGACUAGGAGGACGCCACGAUAGCAAUGUCAUCGGUAGAGGUGACGACGAUACAGCCGGUAGGCGUCAAAGCGAGAUAGGAGGCUAUCAUGAUCAAAGUACUUCAGAUGAAGGCGACGACGACGACCAAGCAGGCAAUGAUCAAGAAGAAAAGGCAACUUCGCCCGAGCAAGCGGCUUUGCAGUCCUGUGUCUCAGCGCAUGCAGCUUUGCUCGACCUGAUCACUGUCGCCAAAGCGCUCAAGGAAAUACGACUCUCCGAGACCAGACGUGGUACCGAAUACCAUACAAGGAAGAAGAUAAUGGAAAUCCAACGCGACAUUCUAGGGACAGACCUACGUUCUCAACCGACUCAGGCCGGCACACCUACAGAGGCGCCCAGUCAGAGGAUGGACACCAAGCACAAGAAACAGAUCAAGACGAUAUCAGAACAAUAUGCUAAAUACUUCGAGCACCAGCCCGAGGGUUUGGCAGUCUACACGCGUCUUGACAGCACGAUGCUCAGGCCAGGCAUGUGCGGAUACUUUGAUGUCGACGGCGCGUGGCGGACCAUAGUCGACCUUACAGACUCGUCCGAUUUGCAAGCUCGGGGUCUACCUGCUGUCGGUCAGCUCACAUGCUCACUUGAAAAGGACCAAAACCAGGAGAAUUGGAGGAUCCGGAGGUCAGAUGAUGUGGUGCAGAAGCAAGUUUCUGCCCCUGUAACUGUCGAGUAA